AUGGGCAAAGACCGUGAAUUCUGGCUCCCUCUUCAAGAGCUAAGUGGCAAUAUGAGCAUCAAGAGCAAGGUCGAUCUGGGAAUUGAGAAGAUACGAAUCUGCCUUGAAGGCAUAUCGAAAGUUUGCACCCGAAAGCUCAACAAUGUUGAAUUCAACAGAUUCAACGUUGGCAUGGCCAAGUACAAGUUUCUGUCACAGCAUUACGAGAUGAAGGAUUUUGAGAGGUCAAUUGAUCGCGACAAUGGCAUCAUUGUCUAUUCAGCACAUUUCUCUUUUACAAUUUCACGCUUGGCUCUGACGAAAGGCUCAGGGGUGCCACAGCAGUGCUUGAGCCUGCCUCCAUCGUUCAGAGUGGGGCAGACCCUGAGUGACGACGACGACUUCUACGCCCAACCAAACAUUAGUUAUUCCUUGGUCGUUAAUGGAACUGCUAGAACGAUGGAUGGCUCGAGAAUGGUGUCGCUGAAGGACGAAAGGGAGAUCCUCAUACACACUCCGACCGAAAUACAGCCUCCUCUCGAAACAUCAGACUUCCCAGGAGAGUUUGUCGAGUCACAGGCUCACACGUGGCACCUCUCCGUAUUUGACCGCGACACAUACCAAAUGACUCUGUCAACGAUGGAGCCCCCGGCUGUGAUCUUGCAGCGAGGAACGUUGAUGGGCAGCACGACUCUCGCCCUCCAUAUAAGAAUUGAAGGACCGAAUCCAGGUUCCACCACAGGUCAUGCUCUCCAGAACUUUGUUCAGUACUUGCCCAAAAUUCGGUUCAAGACUUUAAUAGGGCUGCACAUAAAAACAUUCUAUUCAACUCGGCCAUUCGCGAGGUUUCCCUGCCAAAAAUUGCUCACCGUCGACAGUCCGAUUUGUCUUCAAGACCAGGUCAUGAGUCUCGGAGAACAGAAUCACUCCGCCAAUUCGUGGACAGGCCCACUCUCUCCCUGCACAGGAUCAAAAUCCUUACAUACCUUAAGCACAUCUCAGCCACCAUCCGACGACGACCGUGACUACUCAGGGAUAUGGCGGAGCUCUCUAAAUCUCCUGUUCACGGUUCCCGGUGAUCUAUUGCCCACAUUCUGUUCUGCGUUGGCUUCGAGGCAGCACAGCCUCAUCGUUCGCAUCCGCAUUAAUGGGAUAAGGAUUGAUAAAUUCAUUCUCGAGGUGCCGCUCCAAAUCGUCUUUUCACCGGACGAGCCACCGACCACCGGUCUUCAGACUGUUGAGACUUCCUCGACAUCGGAGGGUUAUGAAGGCAACUUUACACCCAAUAGGCCACAGCACUUUGGUAAUAUAUUUACGAGUCUUAAGGUAUCAGUAGGCGGCUCCUGGUUUCAGCACAUCAUGAAUCGUUGA